ACGUUUCGAUCGCAAACACCGAUUUCCUCGUAGCUAAUAACGCGUAACGCUCGAGAAACUCGAGCGAAUAAUAUAAUUGUAUUAAAUAUAAUUACCGUAUAUUAGAGAAUGCACUUUUUUUUUUUAUUUUUUAUUUUUUUUAAUGGAAAAAUAUAAUUUCGUGUACCCUAUCGGUAAUUGCUAUCGAACAACAUUUUAACGAAUAGAUCCGCGGCGCGGAGGAGGAGGGGGAGUACUCUAAUCGGAGUAUAAAUAAUGUGUGGACGUCUGCAUAAAACGUGACACGUCGAUUCCGUGUGGCUCAUUCCGUAUCAGACGUCCGCGGUGGCAGUGUGAAGUUGAAAUUAUUCUUUCUUUUGUGUACAAGUAAUCUCUCGCAGGGAAAAAAAUGGUGGAUAAAUUGGAAUGGUUAAAUAACGAAUUCGUGCAAAGGGUCCUCCAGUACAAUGAGUACGACACCAGCAUCAAUGUAACGAAUAUAUCCGCGAAACCGGCGACCAGCAAAGGUGACAAUUAUGCCAGCGACAUGUACAGGGUGACCGUGAAAUACACGCAGAAGGAGGGCAAGACCAGGGUCAAUAAGGAGACGUCGAUUGUGUGCAAGUUCGAGCCGUUGGAGGAGGACGCUCGAAGGGAAGCGAUCAUGUCAAUGGGUAUCUUCGAGAACGAAAUCUUCAUGAUGUCGAAUUCGCUACGAAAGAUGCAACAAAUGUUGGGCACUCGGCUGGGAGCAAAUGUACUUUACUUUAGAAUGGAACGGCCGGUUUGUUUGAUAUUGGAAGACCUUGCUCGUCUAGGAUUUCGUAUGGCCGAUCGUUUCCGUGGUUUAGAUUUCGAUCAUUCCAAGCUAACUCUUCAAAGCUUAGGCAAAUUUCACGCGGCGUCGGUCGCACUGUGCGAGAAGGAACCCAAAUUAAAGACUGUAUAUCAGAAAGGGAUACUGUACGAAGGAAUGCCGACCGAAUUCAAAUUCUUCUUCAUCUCCGCAAUUAAAGCUCUUGGAGACGAUUUGGCAAAUUGGCCGCAAGACGUGAAAAGGUAUCAGGAUAAAGUUAAGAAAUUCGCCGAAGUUGUUUACGACCGUGGUAUAGCGGCAUUGCAACGAAACGACGACGAGUUCAACGUUAUUAAUCACGGUGAUUCCUGGACGAACAAUAUGAUGUAUCGAUACGACGAGAAUUCAAAGCCUGUCCAACACGUGUUCGUGGAUUACCAAAUGUCGAUCUACACUUCACCGGCGAUCGACCUGCUCUACUUUUUAAACGCGACCGUCCAAAACGAAGUGAACACCGAGAAUCUGAUCGAGGAAUACGUAAAUACGUUGACCAGCACGAUGAAGAGGCUAGGUUGCAAAACGGCGCCACCCACGGUAAAAGAUAUAAAAAGAUACAUGAGAGAAAGGAUAGCGUGGGGGAUGGUAGCCGCGGCUACCGUAUUGCCAUUCACCCUGAUGGAUAAAUCCCAGGUGGUGAGUAUCGACGAGCUGAUCAAGAAGAGAGACACGUUCGAUUAUCCCGGGACCAAGAAUCCCAUGUAUCGGAAGGUGAUGGCCGAGAGAUUAGCGAAAUUCGAAGAAGCAGGCGUGUUUGAUUAAUACGGAUUCAAGCUGUGUCGUCUUGUUUCAAACUGAUUGGAAAUAAUUAUUAAUCGUGCGCCAUGUGCAAUGAUCCUUUCUCGUAGACGAUAUAUUAUACGCUCUCGAAACGAUAUACCAAUCAUUGUAACCUACGAUAAUAAUCGAUAAGAUACGUUGAUAGACUUUUUACGAUCCAUCAUUUUAAAUCUACACUCGUUGAUUAUCGUUAUCUUCUUCUCUUUGUUAAUUAAAUUGCAUGAUAAUUGCACGUAUUUAUCACGGUAUUUCAUAUCGUUACGAUACUCUAGAAAUUACGUGCUAUACCCUUUACAUCUUCGUAUCGAACGAGAGCAACAAGAGAUGAAACAUGAAGAGAGAGAAAGAGAGAGGUUCAUUCAACCAACCGCGCACAAUAAUUUUGAAUGUAUUUAACAUUAGAAUUAUACGUAGCGUAAUUACCGAUUAAUCAAACGACUAAUUAAAGCAAAAUAAUUACGUUAACGAGGUUAUAGGUUAUUUCUUAUAAUUUAAUCGAAUUUCGAUAUAUACUUAGCUAGAAACUCACGAGACCAAAGUUCAAUUAUGUUUCGUAGGCGGUGUAGAGAGUAAAAGUCUUAGAUUUAAUAUCUACGCGUCAUUCCACGAAUAUUUUAUAUCUUUUUCGCCUACCAGACGUCCACCAAUCGAUGGUACAAAUUUAGCAAAUUAUUAUAUACAAUUAUAUAUACAUAUAUAUAUAUACAUUGUAUAUUAUAGAACCAUUUAUAAUUAACAAGGUAUUAACGUUCAAGAUCCAUGUGAUUGAUAACCAAUCUUCUUGUUACUUGUACAUACUAAUUUUCAACGUAAGAAAUAAAUUUAUUUCCUACGUUGACAAUUGUUCCCGCAAGUAUUGUAUUGUUAAGUAUGAAAAGAAACGAGGAAGAAAAAAGAAAAAGAAAAAAAAAAAAGAAUAACGAAUAAAACGGACGAACGAAACACAAA